AUGUCGACCAACUUUGAAACUCCAUCUACGAACGACUCUACAACGGCGACGGGAGCAUUGACGAAACGCACAGUUACAUACAUAUGUGGAGAAUGCCGGGCGGAAAACCAGAUCAAACCCCGUGAACUCGUACGAUGUCUAGAGUGCGGUCAUCGCGUUCUCUACAAAAAGCGGUCCAAAAGAAUGAGCGUCUUCGAGGCCCGAUGA